AUGGAGCCUCCCACCCUCCCCAAUUACCCGCCCCCCGCGCCCCGCUUCUUCCAGCCCACGCCCCCCGGCCUCCCCCUCGUCGGCGCCAACCACACCUCCGCCCGCUUCUGGACCGGCAUGGAGCCGGCGGCGAGGAAGUGGCACGGGAAGGGGCUCCUGACGCGCGCGCUCCUCCUCGGCGUCGCCGCGCUCGCGCUGCGCCUGCUGUACGGGGCGUUCGUGACCGUGGGCGGCGGGUGGGCGCCCGACCCGGCCGUGCCGUCCACCGCGGUGGUCGGGAGGAGGACCCACGCCCAGGCCGCGGCGGCCGCGGGGACGCCGGAGGCGUGGCGCAGCCACGAGUGGCGCCAGGCGGUGGAGUUCCACGCCGGGGUCCUCGGGCGGCACCUCGCCGACGGCCUCCUGGCGUCGUCCUCCCGCGCCGUCUGCCUCGGCGGGGCCCAGCAGGCGCUCGCGCUGCGGGAGCUCGGCGUGGCCGGCGCCGUCGCCGUCGCGAGGAGGCGCUCCCCGCCGCUCGCCGUCGCCGGUGACGACCGCCGCCUGCCGUUCGAGUCCUCCUCCGUCGACUUCGUCUUCGCCGGCCGCGCCCUCGACUCGUCCAAGCGCCCGGCCGACCUCGCCGGCGAGGCCGCGCGGAUCUUGAGGCCGGAGGGCCAUCUCGUCGUGCUCACCUCCAGCGCCGCCGACGCCUACAGCCUCCGCUCGCUUCAGGCGCUCUUCCCGGCCUUGCGGUUGCGCCGAUCUCGCGAGAUCAACUGCCCCGACGCGUCCACCCUCCGUGAACUGGUCUUCCAGAAGCUUCAGCCGACUAUGGCGUCCACCUCCACCGACAAUUCAGCGAGCAACUGCACAAUUGGCGAUCACAAGAUCCAGCUCCUGACGCGCGCCGAGCUGCUGAUCGAGGAAGAGCCGCUGAAGCCAUGGCUGACGCUGAAGCGAAACAUCCAGAACAUCAAGUACCUUCCAGACCUUGCCGACAUCAGCUUCAAGCGCCGGUAUGUGUACGUUGAUCUCGGCUCACGCAGCUACGGGUCCAGCAUCGGCAGCUGGUUCCGGAAGCAGUACCCCAAGCAGAACCACACCUUCGAGGUGUUCGCCAUCGAGGCCGACCCGACGUUCCACCCUGAUUACGCCACAAGGAAGGGGGUCACAUUGCUUCCGUAUGCCGCCUGGGUCAAGAAUGACACGCUCAGCUUCGAGAUCAAUGGCGACCCUGGAAAGGAGGAUGAGGCUAAGGCCAGUGGCCGUGGCAUGGGGCGCAUCCGCCCCACGGCCGGUAAGAAGAUGUCCGGCAAGGUGCGCAGUGUGCAGGCAUUUGAUUUCGCCGAGUGGCUGAAGCAGACGGUGUCGGAGCAGGACUACGUGGUGAUGAAGAUGGAUGUGGAGGGGACUGAGUUUGACUUGAUCCCGAGGCUCUUCGACACGGGCGCAAUCUGCUUGGUCGACGAGGUGUUCCUCGAGUGCCAUUACAACCGGUGGCAAAGGUGCUGCCCUGGCGAGCGGUCGCCCAAGUAUCAGAACACAUACGAGGAGUGCCUGGAGCUCUUCAGCUCGCUCCGGGAGAGCGGCGUUCUUGUGCAUCAGUGGUUUUGA